AUGUAUGGUCACACACCUGAUAUUUCCAUGUUUCGAUUCCGAUUCUGGGAACCUGUUUGGUACUAUGAACCAACGGCCAAGUACCCAGCUCCUAAUUUUCUCCCUGGUUGUUUCAUUGGAAUUGCCUGGGACCAUGGCGACGCUUUUACUUACAAGAUUUGGACUACUCCCAAUAACAAUUGGAAGCAAGGUCGCGAGCUUGUUCGAAAUGUCGUCCGCUCGCGUCAUUUGGAGAAAAAGGAGCCGGUGGUCUCCUACCAAGAUGAAGAUCUUCUCUUCAGCAAGACGCAGCCGUCGCGUACGCAGCGUCCUCGCUCGAAAAAGAGGAACUCUUGUAGCAACAACUCCCGUGGAGCCGAAGAGGUAACUUUGGACGGUAGUGAAUUGGAGUCACUGGUCCGGUUUGAUGAUACUCCUCCUAUCACCAGUGUGGAUUCAGAGGAGCAGGGGGGUAACAAAGCGGAAAGCCAAAGCAUUCACUUUUCUCCCGUCGAAGUUGAAACGUCCCACGGUGACGAGCUGUACGAAGACAGUGAGUCAAAGGCAACUAACUCUACUAUCAACUCGAAGAGGGCUCGCAAGGAGGUCGACAAUUCAGCACUUCAGUCCUUUGACCCGCUGAACAACAACGCGGAGGUCAAAAUGACAAGCAAGAUCAACAACUACCUCGACACAAACAAGUCCGCGGCUUCAGGAGCUGGCGGAGCCCAUGUCACGAAAAUUGUCGGACACAAUUGGAUGGACGGUUGA